UCGUGGUGGUCACCCAUGUAUAAGAGAGACGAUUACCUUCGAAAUAACCCCGACGGUGUCUUCUCCAAAUGGCAGGGUUUUGCUCGAUCCAUGCGUCUUCUGCCUAAACCCAUUUCAGAAACUGCAGAGCUACGGAGGAGUACUGUAGCUGACUACUCUUUAAUCUCUCGUGAUUUAGCUCCAAAGAUUCUGAUAGGAGCCAAGAGUAGGGAAGAUUUGAGAGUGGGCAAAGACUUUGUAGGUAGUAGUAGAUACAGAGUCAAAGAAUCUAUCCAGGGUCUUGGUGUAGCUGUCAGCAUUCAUGACGUUAAGGCUUCUUCUCUUGGUCCAACCCAAAGCAUUAGAACUCGGCUAAGGUCUUACGGCAAAUCUGUUCCCCACCAAGACUCGCCUAAGAAACUUGGCAGCAUAUUAAAAGACAAGAAGCAUGGUCUUGCAGAAGAGAGAGAGAUCAGCUGUGUUGGAGCUGAGGAGAAUAAUACUAAUAAUAAAGUUCAUGCUGCAUCGAUUCUUAGACUCAGCCGGUCCAGACCUCAACCGGUUUUAGAGAGACAUGAUGAUGAUGUUGUUGAUGGGUCUGAUUUUGCUUCUGUUUGUGGUGUCUUAAAAGAAGAUGGUACUACUUGCUCAACAGCCCCGGUCACAGGAAGAAAAGGUUGCACUGAGCAUAAAGGGCAGAGAAUCUCAUGUCUUCCUCCUCCUCCUGCUAAAAAACUACCGUGUGAAGAAGAGACCGAGGAGAUAUGCGGAGUGAUUUUACCUGAGAUGAUACGUUGCAGAAGCAAACCUGUUUCAAGGAGAAAAAGAUGCGAGGAUCACAAGGGAAUGCGAGUCAACGCCUUCUUCUUUCUGCUCAACCCAACAGAACGCGAUAAAAUCCUCAAAGAGGAUAACAAGUCCAAACCCGAGACACGCACAAGCUCAACGAACCAAGAGGAACCAGGUCAAGGUCUUUUGUGUGAAGCUACAACGAAGAGUGGUCUGCCUUGUACAAGAAGUGCUCCUAAUGGAAGCAGAAGAUGUUGGCAGCACAAAGAGAACAAAUCAUCUGAAAAUGUUCAGACUUCAGCAACCGUAACUCAAGUAGUCUGCGGUGUAAAGCUGUACGAUGGAUCGGUAUGCGAGAAACCUCCAGUGAAAGGGCGGAAGAGAUGCCUAGAGCACAAGGGGAUGAGAAUCACAUCUUGAAUAAGAAACCAUUGUAAGCACCUAACAGAAGUGUAUCAGAGUUACAUAAUAACUAAUAAGUAGUACAAGUUAAUUAAGAAGCAGCUUCUUUGUUCUUCAUAUCAUUGUGUUACAGAUUACAUAUUUACAUAUAUGAUU